AUACUACUAGUACACUAGUGCUGCUCCAAUAAGAAAAAGAAACAUAAACUAGAAAACAAAACGAUUGCCCGUUCGGAAACGGGAGAAGCUGACGGGAGGAGGAAAAAUUGGGGAAGAAACCCGAGCCGAGCAAGGGCACGGCGGGCAGGAUGCAUCGAGAUCGAUUUGACCACCAACUCUUCUUCCCCCUCGCCCCCUCCUAAAUGGCGACAUCUUCUCCAAAUCUCCAUUUAUCUCAUCCUCCUCUUCCUCGCCUCCUCCGCUCUCUCGUCAAUCGUCUAAACCCUAACCCUAGCGCAGCCCCUCUCCAUGGCCGCGGACUACCGCACCCCCGACCGCCUCCUCUCCGCCGCCGCCGCGGAGGGGCAGGCGCAGCAGGACCCGCCCAAGCCGGUGCUUGGGGUCGCCGCAACCCAUGACGGCCUCCGGUUCUGGCAGUACAUGCUGGCCGGCUCCGUCGCCGGCGUCGUCGAGCACACGGCGAUGUUCCCGGUCGACACCCUCAAGACGCACAUGCAGGCCGGUUCGCCGCCCUGCCGCCCGGUCCUGUCGCUGGGGGCGGCGCUGCGCGCCGCCGUGGCUGGCGAGGGCGGCGUCAUGGCGCUGUACCGCGGGCUCCCGGCGAUGGCGCUCGGCGCCGGCCCCGCCCACGCCGUCUACUUCUCCGUCUACGAGUUCGCCAAGUCGCGGCUCUCUGACCGGGUGGGGCCGAACAAUCCCGCGGCGCACGCCGCGUCUGGGGUGCUCGCCACAAUCGCCAGCGACGCUGUGUUCACCCCGAUGGAUACCGUCAAGCAGCGGCUCCAGCUAACGAGCAGCCCGUACACGGGCGUCUCGCACUGUGUCCGGACCGUGUUCCGUGACGAGGGCCUCGGGGCGUUCUUCGCAUCCUACCGGACCACGGUGGUAAUGAACGCACCGUAUACAGCUGUACACUUUGCAACCUAUGAGGCAGCGAAGCGGAUGCUCGGGGACAUGGCCACCAACGAGGAAUCGCUAGCCGUGCACGCCACCGCUGGAGCUGCAGCCGGCGCGCUCGCGGCUGCAGUCACAACGCCGCUCGACGUUGUCAAGACGCAGCUGCAGUGUCAGGGUGUGUGCGGCUGUGAGCGCUUCACAAGUAGCUCCAUAGGGGAUGUGUGCAGAACAAUCGUAAAGCGUGAUGGCUAUGUUGGGCUCAUGAGAGGAUGGAAGCCAAGAAUGCUGUUCCACGCACCUGCGGCCGCUAUCUGUUGGUCGACAUAUGAGGCCUCAAAGUCAUUCUUCGAAAGGUUCAAUGAGAAAAGAAGGAAAUAAUCUGAAAAUUCCUUCAGAGGCUCAAAGCCCAUGUAUUUUCUUGAAGUCAAUAUACUUCUAUACUGCCCCAUACAUCCACAGCUGACAAAACGAGGCAGCCCCCAGAUGCGGUUGUGAUGCUGCAUGUCUGCGAUCCUUGUGGAAUGAUGCACUGUCAUACUGUGCAUCAAAACAUGUCUAAAGAUAGAUCUAUGUACCUUGUAUUUCAUUUCAGCUAAGUUAAUGUAUUAUUUUGCCUGCUGGGUCGAGAUAAUAAUUACAAGGAUAUUUUUGCCAAUUUUGAUCAGAAUCACUCAGUGUACUCUAUCCUUCUGUUGGCACCCGUGAGCCAGAUUGUUGAUGCAAUGGAAUGAAGUUUUGGUUUUGUAA